UGGGCGAACAGCGAGCUAUUUUUGCUGAGGAAAUCCAACUGCUAACUCGAGAACAGACCCACCCAUUUUAAAACACACAUAAAGUAGCCAGUUAACAACUGUCUACAUACAUAACUGAGCAAGAGGAGCGGGUCCAUCUCAGGUAGACGCUGUUUUCUAAAGGAGGAAAUCAAGCGACAGGUCCUGACCAGUGAAAAGAUGGGAAACGAACAGUCCAUCAGCAAAGAACAGCUAGACCAGAAUGGAACGAUUCCUGAAAAGCAUGAAAAUGGAACAGUGAAUGGCAUCUCUGUAGAAAUCACACCUGGUGGACUGGAGAUCGGUGGUAAGAGUGAAACUACAGUCUGCCAAAAUGGUGAGGUCCACUCUUUAAACUUGGCAAUAGAACCAACUGCGACAGUCGAAGCAGAGUGUCAGCCUGAUGGUUCUGAGACCGUUUCGGAAACCCCCGACACCAACGUCCAGAAGGAAGAGAUCAAGAAAAGCAAAGGAGAAAAAGGUCGUCGUAAUUUCGGCAAACUAUUCAAAAAGAAAAAAGGUGAAGUCGAGAAUGCUGAAGAAAAAGGAAAGGAGACUCCGAGUGAAGAUCAAACAGAUGAUUCAAAUGAAGAAGACGCUGCCACUGUGGUUCACACUGAUCAUCAGGAAGGAAAUAAACCUGGAAAAGUUGAACUGUCAAUGCAAAUAGAGCAAAAACUUGAAGCAGAUAUUUCAACACAAAUGGAUGAAGGUGACGUCGCGACCGCCAACACUGCAGAGGAACUGAUGGAGACAGCGACAACUGAGGAAGAUUCACUGAGUGAACGCGCCGCUGUCAAAGCCGAGGAGGUCGUUAGAGACCCUUUAAAAGAUGAAACCUCAAAGUUUGGAGCAGAGCCGGUGGAAGCUGCAGAAAAUUUGGGGCCUGAGAACUCCAACUCAAAUGAUGACACUGUGUCAGAGGGACAAAAGAGAGAGAAAUAUCUGUCAAAGGAGUUCACUUUCACCAUUCCAAAAGCGGUGGCAAGUUGUGUUGAAGCAGUUUUGGCAGUUGCCUCUGACUGCGCUGUGCUUGCGUCAGAGCUGGGAGUAGGUAAAGCAAUUACUGAAGACAACAGCAAAGGAGCUGGAGACAAGUCAGCUGAUGUAGUGCUGAUUGAAACCGCUGAACCUGAGUCUAAUGCUGUCACUCCUGAGGCCGGGGAAGCAAAUGACAUUACCUCCCUAGACAAAGAGGCGGUGACUGGAGUGACGGAAACAAUCUCUGAGGUUGUUCACGAGAAGCCAAACUCAGCAGCUGCAAAUAAAGACAAACCUGUAAAAGAAGCUGCUUUCCCUUUUCAGACUGAAAAUCUAUUUAAGGCGGAACCAGAUCAUGAGGAAGUCCCUCCUGAUGAUGCUGCUGCAGUUGAAGAUGUGCCACCAAUAAGUGAGCAAGAAAAUAUCAGCCCCGUAACCACCAAUGAGUCAGCAGAAGAGUGCGAUAGUUGCCCCAAAGCAGAAUCGAAUAUUGUGGAAGCUCCUUCUGAAUACAUACAUACAGAGGUGCCUGAAGUUAUUUUAAAAUCUCAAGUGAUUAAAAUCAAGCCACAGUUUAUUCCCGAGAUCAUUAUUACUGAAUACAAUGCUGAGGUUGAAGAAGGUAUGAUAACUGAGAUGGAACCAGAAACACUUGAAGAAAUACCAGAGGCAGCAAUUGAUCUACUGGCUCAAGAAUUUGAACCCAGAGCUACCGAUCCUCAGGAGCCUGAACUGGAUAACAACAGCAUAGUGAAAGAAGAGGAAAUUAUAGCGACAGUUUUUGUGCCCCUCUCUGGAGAGCGAGGAGAAAGUCUUUCCCCUUCAGAUGAGCCAGUUUCUGGAGAAAUGAAUGACGAGGUUUUCUCAGAUGAAGCUAAAACAGCGGCAGGCGGUGCUGAGGAAGACGCAGCUGUCCGAGAAUCAUCUGCUAAAGGAGAGGAAGAGGCUGCAAGUUCUGAAAAACCUGCGGAAGAAAGCGACAGAGAAGAGGGAAAAAGUGAAGUAUCUAAAGAUGCUUAAAGCCGUCACACACCUGAACAAACCCCUGUAAUCUCAGAGGAAACUGCAGAAGAGAACCCAAGCCCUUAUUACGAAGAUGCUACCAGUGAGGCGAAGAACACGCAAGACUGAGUUGUUGGAGCUUGUUUUUCAGAAAUGCUGAGGAACUAACAACUGAAGGACACCACAGAAGAUUCGGAGCCUUGUGUUUCAGUCUAACAAGAAUUCACUGAGAAUACUACCUGAGCCGAAACCACCCAGGAGAAUGCUGAUCGAGGAUAGAUGCUGUCAUGUGUGAUUUAUAUGUGAGGCUUGGGACUGAAUCUGAAAAAUCUAACCAUGGUUUUUUUUUGUUUUUUUUUCUGAAUAGCUGGGGAAAGACUGACCAACAAAUAAAAAUCUGUAAUCCUAGAAAUAAAAAUGUCAUUGGUGAUGAUUUUGCUGCUAUUGAGGAGCAUUCAGAAUAUUCUUAAACUGCCAUUUAAUGAGCCUGUGGCAAAAUGUACAAAAGUGUACAAGAGCACUUUCAGGCCGGAAGAAGUUGAAUACGUCUCUCUGCAGAGAGCAAUACUGAAGAGAAGCACGAGAAGCAGCGCAAACCAGACAGACUCAACAUGUGAAGCACAGACUCUCCUGAAGGCAACUCAGGCAGAAGUUCAAACAUUGAAUGUUUACCUCUCAGGUUUCAGUCAGCUUUAGCUGCUGGAAACACCUACCUGCUGGUUUAACGAUCGUUUCACCAGUCUUCAGUGUUACUGUCAACAUCAAUUGUGUUAAUGAAACUUACCUAACAUUGUUUUUAUCUACCUCAUUAGGAUCUCCUGUGCGAUGCAUGCAUGUA